GGCCAUGCCCACUUGGGGCACCCCGCCACCCUGUGUUCCAGGGACAGCUGGAGCACAUGCUUCUUCCCUCGCCAACCCAGCAAUUCCGCAGGGCAUCUGACCUCCACUGUUGACUUCUACCCAGAGGACAAGAACAUUUUUAGUUCCCAAGGAAUGUACAUCAGCCCCACGGAAGCUAGGCCACCUCUGGGAUGGGGUUGCUGGUUUAAAACAAACACCAGUCAUCCUAUAUAAGGACCUGACAGCCACCAGGCACCACCUCCGCCAGGAAUUGCAGGUAAGCUCUCUCUACUCUCCGUGUGCGUUUGCUGACAGGUUUAUUGUCCGUGACUGCUGCCCGUCCAUUUAACCUCUCUGGGCCUCAGGAGUCCCCUCUAAACACGGGGGAUGUUGGACUGUCUGGCUGAAAGACAAAGCUUCAUUUAGGAGCUGCCUCUAACCCCCCUCCCUGCUAAGUCCCCUGGGGCCCUUGCUGGUUCAGCUUCCUCACUCCUCAUGAAAAGACUUGCCAUGAGCUCUCAGAGCCUGGGACGAAAGGCACUGGGGAGGACCCCCAGCCCCUAUCAAGUCCUGCUGCCAGGUGUUCUGCCCUGAACAGCCUUGGAGAAGAGAACACACAUCCAUUAUCUUCUACCUUGGGAGGUGGAAGGGGGGUCCUCUCUACACAGCAGUCAGGACCCCAGAUGGUAAAGCCCUUCACGCCGUUUGCUGGGCUCCUACCUGAGCAAGCUCAGAGGCACAUGAGAAGGGGAGGCAGCUGCCUGGAGACCCUCUCUCCCCCAGGCCCACCUGUCUGCAACCCAGCUGAGGCCAUGCCCUCCCCAGGGACCGUCUGCAGCCUCCUGCUCCUCGGCAUGCUCUGGCUGGACUUGGCCAUGGCAGGCUCCAGCUUCCUGAGCCCUGAACACCAGAGAGUCCAGCAGAGAAAGGAGUCGAAGAAGCCACCAGCCAAGCUGCAGCCCCGAGCUCUAGCAGGCUGGCUCCGCCCGGAAGAUGGAGGUCAAGCAGAAGGGGCAGAGGAUGAACUGGAAAUCCGGUUCAACGACCCCUUUGAUGUUGGAAUCAAGCUGUCAGGGGUUCAGUACCAGCAGCACAGCCAGGCCCUGGGGAAGUUUCUUCAGGACAUCCUCUGGGAAGAGGCCAAAGAGGCCCCAGCUGACAAGUGAUCGCCCACAAGCCUUACUCACCUCUCUCUAAGUUUAGAAGCGCUCAUCUGGCUUUUCGCUUGCUUCUGCAGCAACUCCCACGACUGCUGUACAAGCUCAGGAGGCGAAUAAAUGUUCAAACUG